AUGGCUUCAGCAGCGAGGAAAGUCGCCCCAGCCGUACCCAUCUUCAGAGCCCAGUUGCGCUCUCGGCAGGCGAAUGGACACUCGAUAUUCAUCCCACAAGUCCGGAAGCUUGUCUUCGAGUUCUGUGACAAGUGGCCCUCCUCUGCCAACACCCGCACCUACCUCCUCAACCACCUCGAGGACCUUGCACGCGAAAAUCCGCACGUGGAAGUAGUGGUUAAGCAGCGAAAUCAAAAUGAACCUAUUGUCCGUGGAUUCUAUCUCAACGGUCGAGAUAAAGUCAUCCCCCUCAACGAGUUCGAGGUCACGGGCAUUCAAAAGAAGGUCCAGCUUCUACUCGACUCGUCUGGCGCGAAGAUAAAAUCACUGAAGCGUUCAACUGUGGAAAGUACAACGGAGGCAGCGAGGGGAAUAUGGAGCGGGCUUCACGCAGACAGACCGCAGUUGUAA